CUGGGCGCCGGCACAGCGGUCUCUGGCGUCACAGUCGCUGCACAUUGUGCUCUCAUAACGCAGCGACAGCAGUCGCAACGCCCAGAGCAUCGGUGCUGCGGCCGCGCGACGCCAGCACCCCAUUUGGCAAAACACUGCCACAGCACAAAUGAACCGCCCCAAGUCCUACGCGAGAUUACAGAAGGAGGCCGAGGAGGGGAACGAACGCCUGCCCGAGAAUCAUGGGUAUGGCGGUUCAAAAGUGUCGGCGCGACCCGCGAAGCGCGCACGCGUCCAGGUGGAAGAGCACGAGGACAUUGCACUAAGAAAGGAGGACGAGAAGUCGCUGCACGCCAUGGGUUUGGAUGCCAACAAACUCCGAGAAAUAAGAAGCCAGUACGGCUCCGAAGAGCGCGGCGGCGCCGAGCGCAUCGCGGACGCCCGACCCGCGCAUAGAAAGCGGUCCUCUACAAGAUGCCGACCCCUCCAGGACUGCGGCGCCACCCAAGGGAGUGAUGAGGGCGCCAAGCUCUUCUGCCUCGACUUCGCGCGGGGGCGGUGCCCCGACGGCCCUCAGUGUACUCAUAGACAUGAGAUCCCGAGGCCGCGCGACGACGAGGAUCUCGAGAUCCUGAACGAGGACUACGACAUCUUCGGGAGGAAACGGAGUCUGUUGACGAGCCACUGGGAGCGGCACCACGGCAAAAAGGAGGAAGGGGCCAACUCGUUGCGGUUGACGGCGCUGUUCGUGACUGGGUUAAGGGCACCGGCUCGACAAAGGACGGAGCUCUGUGGAGGAAGAAAAGGUAGUGGAGCGAAGUCGAUCGCGGGCGAUCUUGACAGUGCGGUACGAAAAGCGUUCGGGGCCUUCGGGGAAGUGGUCGAGACGCGCGUCGUGUUGGAUAGUGUGCGGGGCCACAAGUGCACCGUCGCUUAUAGCUCUAGGUCGGCGGCGGAAUUCGCCAAGGAGGCCAUGACCGGCCAGUCGCUGCGGCCGGACGGCGGCGAGCUCGUGCAGGUCCGCUGGGCGAAGGAGCAGGCGUCGACGUCCGAGACGGGGAAAUUUAGUUUUGUGGACGUCCACGCGGGAAGGGCUCAACCGACGCCGCCCGCGGAAUCGCUGCCCGAGGGCUGGUGCAGCACGUACGACGCGGCGUCGCGUCGUACGUACUACCACGACGAGGACGGGUCCCACGUGACGUGGGCGCGGCCGACGGAGCGGGCGCCCUCCGUUGCCCACCUUCCGCCGCUGCCGCCGGGCUGGCGGCGGCACUUCGACGCGGCGCGCGGCUGCGUCUACUACCACAACGCGGCGUCCGACGCGACGACGUGGGAUCGGCCCUCUUAA